AUGUCAGCAUCCAGCGAUAAAAGACUCAAAAAAGCAAGAUCAAAAAAGUUUGACUCUUUUGACCUUCUGGAUAUUACGGAGUCGUUAGGGUACCAGACACAUAGAAAGGCUGGAAGAAAUUCAUGGAAUAAAGAAGACGACCAGCAGUUGAUAGAUCUUGUUAAUUCUGCUUUGAUUGAAAUGAAUUACACAAAUGGACUUUCUGAUAUUAAAUCAAUUCAAGAAUCCAUUGAAAUUUCAAAGAAAAUAAGUUGGGAAAAUUUGGCUUCCAAGUUUGAAAAUAGUCUGCGAACGGGCAAAGAUUUAAGAAAGCGUUGGACCGGUUCGUUAGAUCCCAAUCUUAAGAAAGGUAGAUGGACUAAGGAAGAAGAUGAGUUACUAGUUAAAGCUUACGAGAAACACGGAUCUCAUUGGCUGAGCGUAUCAAUGGAAAUUGCAGGAAGGACCGAGGAUCAGUGUGCAAAGAGAUAUAUUGAAGUUUUAGGCCCUACCAGUAAAGGCAGAUUAAGGGAGUGGACUGUAGAGGAAGACUUAGCCCUCAUAAGUAAAGUCAAGAAAUAUGGUACCAAAUGGAGAAAAAUAUCAUCAGAAAUGACUUUUAGACCAAGUUUGACGUGCAGAAAUAGGUGGAGAAAAAUUAUUACCUUAGUAGUGAGAAAUCGUGCUAGCGAAGAAAUUACUAAAGCAGUUAAGGAAAACAAAAAUAUAGAUCUAACGAAAAUGAACCCCAUUCCAUCUAGCAAGUCCGCAAGCGCAUUAAGUGACUUUACAGAUAACGGUGCUGCGAGUGGCACCACUUCAAACAAUAGCUUAGUGCUCAACUCCUUCGACACACCCCAAUUGAUAGGAACAUCUUCAAGUCAUCCUUCAUUAGCAGGCUUUAAUGAUCCUCUUAGAAGAAAUAAAUUGAUUCAAUCUAAUGUGAGUAAUAGUCGCUCAGCAAGUCCGUCUUUUGAGAUAGCAGAAACAUCUCAACAAAAGUCAGCAGAACAACGACAAAAAAAUUUUGCAUCACCCCUCUCCUCACUGGAGAACACUGGUCGACCAAAACAAGAUUCCGUAUCUGUGGAUACUGAAACCGAAUGGAAGUUUAUUUUGAAAGACGGGAAGGGACUUUCAAUUUCUAACGGCAGAAUAAGUAAUAGCGAGUUAGUAACUGAGCUGCUUGAACAAGCCAAGAAAUAUUCACUAAAAAUAUCCGUUCAUCAACAUAUCCACAACCAUUAUGGCCCACACAUAAAUGCAAAUAGUAACAUAAGCCGAUCAAUGUCAACUGAAAACGUUAGGACAAGUGUUGCUUCUGCAUCGAGUAUAGCGUCAUCUACUACAAAUGGUCAGAAUACUCCAAAUUCUAUGGCAAAUAAUAUGAAAAAUGAAUUCACCGCACCAUUUGAGAGAACAGAUUUUGUCGCCAAAAACCAAUACGGACAUGUUCAGAAUAGUACGAAGUUUAGUUUUUCGCCUAAUACCCAGGUACCAAACAGUACAGGAAGUACUCCAAAUCUCUUUUAUCCAAAUCUUUCUAAUAAUGCUGAUAAUAAUAUUCCAAUAAACAUAUCACAAAGUGCGAUAGAUGCUAGCGCAAGCGCUAGUACAGGCACUACUAACUCCUUCAACACUCUAUUACACGCGGUAGGGAAUGGUGGUACUGAAUUACCCAAAGAAAUUGAGCCGAAUAGAUUAUCUCAUUUCAACUAUCUACCACCUACUAUCAAGCCGCAAUUGGAAUCUUCUGACAUUUCAAAGUCAGCUCAUUUAAGUAGAAUACUUAAUCCAAGCCCCAAUAAUCAUAUUCAAAGUCCAUUAAGUGGUGUUAGUAGCAAUGUAAGUACCUCUGGUAGUAAAAGUAGUUUAAGAAAAAGGAAAAAGAGGAAGAAGAAUAAAGAAUCCCAACAUUCUAGUUAUAAAAUUGAAGAGGAACAGGAUGGUGUAGACUUUUGGGAAACAUUAAGUAAAUUGUCAUACAAGCACCAGAAGCCGGCAGAUGGGGGAGAUAAUAACACGGAAGAUUCAAGUAAUACAAUAUUGCCUUUGAAUCCUAGUUGA